AUGCGAAGGCUAAGCCUGGCGUGGCUUCUGGGAGGCGUCACCCUUCUGGCGGCCUCGGUCUCCUGCAACCGGACCUUCCAAGAGCGUCUAGCCCCUAUCCGACCCAACAGUAAAGGAAGAAGUUUAAUCGGCAGAUUGAACACCCCCCCUCCAGACUCUGGGAAAGGGGUUACAGUAGUAGAACCCGGCUUUUCCAUCGAUGAUUUCUCUACAUCCAUCCUCACUGGGAAGCUGACUAGUGUCUUUCUUCCGGUCAUCUACACCAUUGUAUUUGUGAUUGGUUUGCCCAGCAAUGGCAUGGCCCUCUGGGUCUUCCUUUUCCGGACCAAGAAGAAACACCCUGCUGUGAUUUACAUGGCCAAUCUGGCCCUGGCCGACCUCCUCUCUGUUAUCUGGUUCCCCCUGAAGAUUGCCUACCACCUGCAUGGCAACAACUGGACCUAUGGGGAUGCCCUUUGCAAGGUGCUGAUUGGCUUUUUCUAUGGCAACAUGUACUGCUCCAUCCUCUUCAUGACCUGCCUCAGCGUGCAGAGGUACUGGGUGAUCGUGAACCCCAUGGGACACUCCAGGAAGAGGGCAAACAUUGCCGUUGGUCUCUCCCUGGCGAUCUGGCUCCUGAUCUUUCUGGUCACCAUCCCCUUGUAUGUCAUGGACCAGACCGUCUAUAUUCCAGCCCUGAACGUCACCACCUGCCAUGAUGUGCUACCUGAGGAGGUAUUGGUGGGGGACAUGUUCAAUUACUUCCUCUCCUUGGCCAUUGGAGUCUUUCUGUUCCCAGCCUUACUUACUGCCUCUGCGUACGUACUCAUGAUCAAAACCCUCCGUUCUUCCGCCAUGGAUGAGCACUCAGAGAAGAAAAGGCGGAGGGCUGUCCGACUCAUCAUCACCGUCCUGGCCAUGUACUUCAUCUGCUUCGCUCCUAGCAACCUCCUGCUGGUCGUGCACUAUUUUCUCAUUAAAAGUCGGGGCCAGAGCCACGUCUAUGCCCUCUACCUGGUCGCCCUCUGCCUGUCGACCCUCAACAGCUGCAUCGACCCCUUUGUCUACUACUUUGUUUCCCAAGACUUCAGGGAUCAGGCUAAAAAUGCGCUCCUCUGUCGAAGCGUCCGCACCGUCAACCGCAUGCAAGUCUCCCUCACCUCCAGCAAGUUCUCCAGGAAAUCCAGCUCUUACGCUUCUAGUUCAACCAGCGUUAAAACCUCCUAUUGA